AUGCCGAGGUCUUUCCUGGUUAAAAGUAAACGGGCCCACAGCUACCACCAGCCCCGAUACUUGGAUGACGUCUGCAUCGGCCUGGAUACGCUCUUGGCUCACAUAAACGCAGAGACAAAAUGUCAAGUGGAGUCGCGCUUGGAGGUCGUGACAACCGACAGACUGUCACCCGGGCUCCAGCUCCUGUCUCCGGGUUCACUGCCGUCCAGCUCCCCGCUGAGCUACGGAGCGUGUGACCGUGUCACGGACUGUGAUUUGUGGCGUCCCCCGUCCCCGUCAUCCUCUCCAGAUUCGGAGGAAUGCUCGACAGCCAGCGUGGAGGACGGCCAUCACUUCAACAUGUCCCUGUUCCCCGCUUAUUCCUGGUCCCACUUCCCUGCUUCAGACCUACGGCACGCCAUUCCAGCUCCGUACCACCGGCCUGACCCACAGCGGGGCCACGGGGAGCCCGGGACUGAAACGUGCUACGGGGACUGCUCGGCUACCGUCCGCGUCCAACAGAUGUGUGGGAUGAUAAACACUGACAACAUGUUUGGCGACCUAAAACAGAAGCAACGAGUGUCGGAAACCAUUAAGAGUGAAGACGAGUUCAUGUGCGUCAACCGGCUUGACCCUGACGGCACAUAUAAGUGCAUCAAGUGUUACAAGGUGUUCUCCACAUCCCACGGGCUGGAGGUCCAUGUAAGGCGAUCGCACAGUGGGACACGUCCGUUCGAGUGCGGGAUUUGUGGCAAAACCUUCGGUCACGCGGUCAGCCUGGAUCAACACAGGGCAGUGCACUCGCAGGAGAGGAGCUUCAGCUGCAAAAUCUGCGGGAAAAGCUUCAAGCGCUCGUCCACGCUGUCCACACAUCUUCUCAUCCAUUCGGACACGCGGCCUUAUCCGUGUCAGUACUGCGGGAAGAGAUUCCACCAGAAGUCCGACAUGAAAAAGCAUACGUUCAUCCACACGGGAGAGAAACCGCACAAGUGCCAAGUGUGCGGCAAGGCCUUCAGCCAGAGCUCCAACUUGAUCACGCACAGCAGGAAACACACGGGAUUCAAGCCAUUCGCCUGCGACUUCUGCGGAAAAGGCUUCCAGAGGAAGGUGGACCUGCGCAGGCACAAGGAGACUCAGCACGGACUCAAAUAA